AUGGCUCCAUUCUCAUUCAUUAAAAAGUUCUCGAAUAGAAAGAACGAAAAUCAUCAGUCGGAAAAUUAUGAGGUCAAUAAUAACGGCAUCGAUCUAGUAGAUGUGGAUAUUGACAUUGAAGCAACCGCUAGUAAUGAUAAUAAUAAAAAAAAUCCACAAAUAAUAUACAAUGAAAAAUCAUACAGUCAAGAUGAACUUCAAACAACUUCACCAACGAUAAUAGAUUCAAUUGACGAUGAAGCGGAAAAGGAACAAGGAAAAGAACGUAGUAGCAGUAAUGGUGAAUUGAAACAAGGUCUGAAAUCACGUCAUAUUCAAUUGAUUGCCCUUGGUGGUACAAUAGGAACAUCUCUUUUAGUCGGGACAUCUUCCGCUUUAGCCAAUUGUGGUCCAGCUGGUCUUUUCAUUUCUUAUUUAAUCAUUUCAACCUUUGUUUAUCCAAUUAUGAAUGCAUUAGGUGAAAUGGUUUGCUUUUUACCAGGUAAUGGAUCUGAUUCUGCUGGUUCCGCAGCACAUUUAGUUCAUAAAUAUGUCGAUCCUUCAUUAGGGUUUGCAGCAAGUUGGAAUUAUUAUUAUUGUUUCGUAAUUCUAGUGGCUGCAGAAGUAUCAGCUGCAUCUGGUGUCAUUGAAUAUUGGGCUUGGGCUGAACAUGUUCCUAAAGGUGCUUGGAUUACCAUAUUCCUAUCAUUAAUUGUCAUUCUAAAUUUCUUACCAGUAAAUGUUUAUGGUGAAUCAGAAUUCUGGUUUGCUUCCAUUAAGAUUCUUUGUAUCACAGGUUUAAUCAUUUUAUCCUUUAUCUUAUUCUGGGGUGGAGGUCCAAAAUCUGAUGGUAUAUUAGGUUUCAGAUAUUGGAAAAAUCCAGGAUCUUUUGCUCAUCAUAUCACUGGAGGAGGUGGAGGUAAUUUCCUUGACAUCUACACAGGUAUCAUUAAAGGUGGAUUUUCUGUUAUUCUCGGUCCGGAAUUAGUUUGUUUAACAAGUUCAGAAUGUGCAGAUCAAAGAAGAAAUAUUGCAAAAGCUUCAAAGAGAUUUGUUUGGAGAUUAAUGUUUUUCUAUAUCUUAGGUUCUUUAUCCAUUGGUGUCAUUGUGGCUUAUAACGAUCCUGUAUUGCAAAAUGCUUUAGCACAAUCUAAAGCGGGUGCUGGUUCAUCUCCAUUCGUGAUUGGUAUCCAAAACGCAGGUAUAAGAGCUGUACCUCACAUUGUGAACUUUUGUAUCCUAACAAGUGCUUGGUCUGCAGGUAAUGCAUAUAUGUUUGCAAGCUCUAGAUCUCUUCUAACAAUGGCAAGAAAUGGGAAUGCUCCAAAGAUCUUCUGUAGAAUAAACCAGCUUGGUGUUCCAUACACUGCCGUGGGAGCAUCCUUAUUAUUAAGUUGUUUGGCAUAUUUGAAUGUUUCCUCUUCUACAGCUGACGUCUUCAAUUGGUUCUCAAAUAUCAGUACUAUAUCUGGUUUUAUUGGAUGGAUUUGUGCAUGUGUCGCUUAUAUCAGAUUCCGUAAAGCAAUCACAUAUAAUAAACUUACUCAUAGAAUUCCAUUUAGAGCAAAGGGUCAACAAUAUACUAUUUGGUAUUCACUUUUCUGGGUUAGUUUGAUUACUUUGACAAACGGGUAUGCAAUCUUUAUUCCAAGAAAUUGGAAUGUUAAGGAUUUCAUUGCUGCAUAUAUCACUUUACCAAUCUUCAUUGUUCUUUGGAUAGGACAUAAGGUUUUCACUAGAACAUUAUUGAAGGCAUGGCUACGUCCAAUCGAUAAAAUUGAUGUCUAUACUGGCUUGGAAGAAAUUGAAGAAUUAACAGAAGAGUUAAACGCAAAUAGGCAGGCACCAAAAAAUAAAUGGGAAAAAUUUAUGGCCAUUUUAUUAUAA